GGACGUGACGAUCAUGGUUUCAGCGUACUUGCGUCCAUCCGGUUAUCGGUGUCCUGUGCGAAUGCUGGAGAGCUAUGGCGGCGUGCCGGGGAUCCUCGUCGAAAUGGUUUUUCACCCGGGAGCAGCUUGAAGCCACGCCGUCCCGCCGUACGGGAGUGGAGCCGGAUAGAGAGCUUUCUUACCGACAGCAGGCGGCAAACCUCAUUCAAGAUAUGGGCCAGAGACUCAACGUCUCACAACUUACUAUAAAUACAGCAAUUGUUUACAUGCAUAGAUUUUAUAUGUACCACUCUUUCACCAAAUUCCACAGAAAUAUCAUUUCACCAACCACAUUAUUCCUAGCUGCAAAAGUUGAAGAGCAACCUCGGAAACUGGAGCAUGUCAUUAAGGUUUCACAUGCUUGUCUAAACCCUCAAGAGGCCCCGCUUGAUACGAAGAGUAAUGCAUACCUCCAGCAAGCUCAAGAGCUGGUGAUACUUGAAACCAUAGUGCUGCAGACUUUAGGAUUUGAAAUAACUAUUGAACAUCCACACACUGAUGUGGUGAAAUGUUCCCAGCUAGUGAGAGCAAGCAAGGAUCUGGCACAGACUUCCUAUUUCAUGGCUACCAACAGCCUCCACCUCACCACGUUCUGCCUGCAGCACAAGCCCACAGUCAUCGCCUGCGUCUGCAUCCACCUGGCCUGUAAAUGGUCCAACUGGGAGAUCCCCGUCUCCACUGACGGGAAACACUGGUGGGAGUACGUGGACAACUCUGUCACGCUGGAGCUUCUUGAUGAACUGACACACGACUUCCUUCAGAUUCUGGAGAAGACGCCAAGCAGGUUGAAGAGGAUACGGAACUGGAGGGCCACACAAGCUGCCAAGAAGCCCAAGGGAGAUGGCUCUCAGGCAAACGACCCCUACCCAGGACCCUCCCUGGUCCACGAACAUUCCCUGGGAGACGGCAUCCCUGGGGUCUCCAACUCAGCCUUCUCCAAAGCCGCCUCCUCGUUCCCUGUCCCACUGCCGGGUCACGCCAGUGGACCCCUCUCCCUGGACUCCAUCGCCUCCAUGCAGGGCAGCUCCUACACCUUCACCGCCCCUAGCGACUGGCCCCAGGACAUGGGGGGUCGCUCGGAGGGAGGAGGCUAUGCCCUCAAAACAGAUACACUAGGCCUCCAGCAGGGGGCUUCACUGUCUCUGCAGCAUGGCUCUCUGAACCCACACAGACCAGAUAAGACCAUGGAGUUCAACCCUAUUAAACAUGAACACAAGGCUGUAGUGGGGGGGGGGAAGAAGCAGCAGCAGCAACAGCAGCCCCCGCCUGCCCAGAAAAUGUCCCUGGACAAGUACAGAGAGAAGCACGCUGCCGAGCUGGCGGUGCAGCAGAAACGCAAACAGACAGAGCAGCAGGCUAUGGAGCCUGAGGGCAGGGAUGCCUAUAUACCCUCUGUCCAGUCAGACCACAGGAAACACAUGCAGCCCCACUCUAACCCAGGGAGCAGCAGCACCGCUUCAUCUCCUCUUAAAAUGAAGCUGGCCGUUUUAGGCCAAGACAGGCUCCCCUCUGACAAACGGGACAAGGGGGGCUCACUCAAACUCCGCCUCCCAGUUCCUUCUCAGGGGGGCAUGGCCAGCAAAGAGGAGCUGAAGAUGAAAAUCAAGGUGUCCUCUGAGCGCCACAGCUCUUCUGAUGAGGGUGGGCCCAAAAGCAAACAUUCCAGCCCGCUGGUGAGCAAGGAGAAGCAUCGGGACCAGUCUGCCCACCGCCACCACAAGCAGCACGGACACUCUCAGCUCCACGCAGCACAGCACAGCGGCAAUGGCCGGGGGGGCCUUGAGGGGCCAGCAGGUGUCGGGCCGGCCCUCCUCCGGAGCCCCCUGGGGCUAGGGAGCGUUGAGGGGUUGGCGGGCCCGGCCCUUGCUUCUGUUUCCAGUUCCUCCCGCAAGAGGGCACACCCCAACGUUGCCGGCCACAACCACCACUCCUCCAAAACGAGCAAAAGCUCCAAGGGCGGCGCAGGUGGGCUACGGACAUCUCAGCACCCUAGUGAAACUGGACAAGAAGCCAGUGGAGAGCCGCGGCCCUGAGGUCGCCGGCUGGGGUACUGCCAGCACCAAACAAGACACUUUUGACAUGCUCCCAUUUCCUGUUAAGUGCCCAAGGAAUAAACUCAUGAACCCUUUAUAGCAAGGCAAUGGAAGGUAAAGCAAAAAAUAUAAAGCAAAGUGUAGGACAAAAAUAUAAUUAUUAUGCUUCCCGAUCAUCUGAUCUCUUGGCAGUGCUGGUAUAGUCCUGCCUGUUUCUGUAUCUGUAUCUGCUGCUUAGUCCUCUCCAUAUUCUCUGGAUGGGUCUUGAAAUGUGGAUGUGAGUUAGGGGGUCAUCCUAGUUUAAAUGUUGAGAAAAGGUGUGUAUGUAUAUAUAUGUGUGUAUAUAUAUAUAUAUAUAUAUUACACUGAAAAGGCAUGAAAGAUGCCAUUUAUUUUCUUUUAAAUAAUGAUUAAAACAGCAUUUCCACAACUAAUCCAGUGAGAAAACAAGGCAAGCGGUCCUCUUGUGACUGGAGGGCUUGUCAGUCGGUAGGAGAGAAGGAAGGCCAGGCACGCCAAACAUGGCCGCCAAUGGAAGCUGGAUUUUUUUUUUAGUAUUUUUUUGAAUGAGUUUUUUUAAUACUCAAUACUGUAUCGAUGAUCCGCAUGUUUCUAUCAUCAAAGGGAUAAAGCAGAAUGCAGACUGCUGUUUACAGAAAGUGGAGAUAAAUGUACAUACAUUUUUGUAUGUUUAAAAAGCUAUACCAUAAAUACUCAGGUUUGGAGCUGCUUGUAAGUAUAAGAUAUAUAUAUAUAUUAUAUAUGAUGGAGAAAAAGACUAUUGUAACUUGAUGUAGGAGUCCUAUCAUUGGUGAUUCUGACUGCAGCGUUCCACUGUUGUGCUUAGAGCCUGUACUGCGCAUGGCUGCCGGUAGAGUGCACUCGACCUUCGACCUUUCCAUCCCUUUGUAGGGUCUGGAUUUCCUCCAGUGCAGACCCUACAAACAGUACCAACCACCUGGCAUGUUGUCAGAGGCCAUGCAAUUUGUACAACUAUUUUUUUGGGGGAGGGGGGACCUCCAAGAUGACCUAAAGCUGGAUGCCAAAGGCUGUGCCUCGCAACAACAAAAAAACUAAGGACACGAGGACAGUAAUACUAGUGCUAUAGUUUACAAGCCUAACCAUUGCUGUGAAGUGCAUUUACAUAAAAUGUUUGCUUGACCCUGUAGCCGAUAGAUGCAAAGCUGUAAAUCAGUAAUGGUAAAUAAUGUAGGAUUGUUAAUGUUCAGUGACGUGGCAGAAGAGUCGCCUGGUUAUUGGGCUUAACGGUCCGUCAGUGUUGCUGAUACAGUGCGGCGGCUCGUGUGCCGUCUGCUUCUCAACGGGUCAGUUUCCUACUGGAUUUGGCAGAUAUCGUUCUCAAUUGUGGACACAAACUAAGAACUGUUCUUUGACUGGUUAGUUCUUACUGCAGUGUGCAGACAGUUGGUAUUGAGGCCAAGAUGCUAAUGUUCCACCAGUACUUAUACUCUUGGGCACAGACAGUGGUUUUGAUAACAAGAAGGCAAGUGCAAAUCUUGACAACUAGUUUUAUUAUUUUAUUUAAGUUCUACAAAUAAAUCCUAAGGUUGACACGACCUUAACUUGA